AUGACGGCAGUUUUGGAUCCCUUCAAGCCUUUUUCCUCAGAGCUUCACGUCAUCAGGCGGCUGAACUCCAGUUUGCACCGAGAUGGUGGCAGAGAUAGAGUGAAAACUGGACAUGCAGGCUCUCUUAGACCUCAUCCCUUUGCUGAGUGUGCCACCCUGGCUCCUUUGCGAGAUGAUGUCCCCCUGCUGGACCCCUGCUGUGGUCGGCUGAGUGCUGGAGCUGAGGUGAUCCUGGGCCUCAAAGGUCGACAGAAAUUCAUAGAUUUUGAUCAUGUGACUUCUGCUCUGUGGGUCCCUCCUGGUUUCAGAGAGAGGCCUCAAACAGCCCCAAACCCCUCUGUGGUCUGUGUAGACCUGAGCGAGGACAAGGCCUGGAACUCCAGGAGGAUCCCCCAUGCAACCCUGAGAGCACGACUGAGAGGUUCAAGUGAUCCUGUUAAAAUUCAGCCUCACACACUGAGGACACCAUCAACAGUGACAAUCAGCAACAAUCUCCCUGAUGCACAUCCUGGAAAUCAGGGCCCAGGAGUGGAGACCGAUAUCUCACCGGCGGUUCGCCACUUCAGAUACACUUCUGCGACACACAGGAGUUAUGAGGAAGUUGGAUGGGUUACAAAGAUACCGCGGCACUUGAAGGCACCAGAAACAACCCUGGAGAAGCUGGCAGACCCGGUGAGCGAGAGUGCCUCGCUGAGGCGCUACAACAGCCGACCUCAGCCGUGGCAGUCUGUAGGAGCCGAGUGGAGCAGACGACAGCUUCGAUUGACGAAUGAUGCCAAGAAACCGAUAUCAUUCUGCAGUACAUAUCCGAGAUCAGGUCAGAUCCCUCUGUACACUGGCACCAUCGGCUCUGACAACAUGGAUAACAUUGACAACAUGGAUGAAGACUUUCACCCUCUGACCCUAAAGAGGAGCAUCGUUCCUCCGUACACACCUACAGCGCGUCGAACCACCAUCCCUGGCUACACAGGCAAGGCUGCCUAUGCUGACUCUGCUGCGGCCUCUGCAUGCUCAUCUGGCACAUUCAAAGAAUUGGGAACUUCUGUUUUUGGUCACAAGGCGCCCCUGUCCAGAACGGUGACCACCGUGGCUCCCUGCAGCCCCUUCCUGAGACCUGUGCUUCCUGUCUCGUGCACAAGUGCAUGGCAAGACUUUAGACAAAGCAGAUGAGAGAGGGUGUGAAGGUGUCAGCUUCCUAUUCAUGCCAUCCAAUCUGUUUAUGUGAAUACGUCUACGAUGAUGCGAUGUCGGUGAAUGAUUCAGAGUGAGUUAAAGAAUAAUGAGAUGCCCCAUUAUCAUAAUUUCCCUGAUUUAGAUGAGUGGUUUUCUAACUCUGGGUGUUUGCAUUGUCCUCUUAAACAUUUGCUCUCUCACUGACUCACUCGCUUGCUUACUCUCUGUGUCUGUGUGUGUGUGUAUGUGUGUGUGGGUGGGUGCAUUUCAGCCCACACAUUGUUUCUGUCAUGAAGGGCAAAGAGAGGGACAAAAUAGUGAGGGAAGGCAGGAUUUUUAGCUCUAUCGUUAUAUUUUUAACAGUAUACAAAUGAUGGCAGGUUCACAGAUCCAUUAUGACUAACAGGCUCAUUUAUAUUUGAAAUGCUGUCUGUAGUCUUCGCUAUAUGCAUCGUUUAGAGGUGUUAGUUUUCUGUAGAUGUGAUUGUAAUGCACAUUGACAUUAUUAUCAUGUGCCUGGCAGCAAUAGCUUUAUGUCUGUGGUUUGUGCAGCUUGACGCUUAGA